CGGACCACCAGGUUGGCGUUGCUGGAAGAGAAGGAGCUGUCGGCGGUGCUUAAAACCUGUGCUCUACCUACUGGCGUAGCCAGGAAGAUAGUACAGCCUGCCGCUGCCAAGUACAGUUAUGCAUUCCAAGUCCCCAGAGAAGCAAUCACUUCUGGGAUCGAGGAGAAACCCAGCAAAUAAUGGGAGUACGGAGGAUGAAAAGGGAGACGGCGGGAUCCCAUGGCUGACAUUUCUGGGGUUCGUGUUCCUGACCUUCAACUCGGGCAUGGCGAUCUACCGCUCGGACCGCGACCCCGGGUCAAUAGCGUUCGUGUCGGGCUCGUACGUCGACCUGCUGCUGCUCUUCCUCUGCCUUCGCCUGUUCGAGCGGACGCCGCCUGACUCGCCGCGCCGGGGGUGGAUCAAGGCCUGCGUCUGGGGGCUGACCACGCUGCUCACCGUCAUGUUCUCGCAGAAGGUGGCCGCCAUCAUGCCGCCGCUGCUGGCGCUCGUCGUGUGGGCGAUGGCGUUCGCCACCAUCGGCGGUGGCUUCUACGCGUUCUUCAUCCACAAGGACAAGGCCGCCCUUGUGGAGGCGGAGAACCCGUAGAUGUCUCUGCCGCUGCCAUGCGCUCGUGGCUGUUUCAGACUAUCUCCAGCCCCGGUCCUAUGAUUUUGAGGCCUCUAGUCGAACUGAUCAUGGUGGACCCUCUAGACUAUAAAAAAAAUUCUAUAUUAUACAAUAGAGCAUAUUAAUACUUCGUAAAUAAAUGAUCAUGUAUAUUGAAAUUGGUUUUUUAAAAAUCUAAGAAGCUAGAUAAUAUACAUCGGUACAAAUUAGCACUUCGCAGGUUGAAAAAUAAGAACGACGAUAGCUGAAUAACCUAAAUUCUGAUUGCUCGACCAUGCGUGUCUGGAGGCUAGCGCAGUGGUGCUAGCUCCGUGGAAUCCUAGAGGGUUGGAUCGACGAGAUGGCGAACGACGAUCACGUGGAGGGUGUGGUCUCAUAGACGCUCGGGGACAUGAGCGUGACGACUAGUCAGUGGGGCAAUACGUGCCACAUUGUCCGUGUGCGCGGGGCGUCAGUGUGUCCAGCCCUACCGCCAUGUUGGCUACCUAUACUAUUUUACUACUAGCAUAUAACUCGUGCUAACGCUAUGUUCCUGUGAAGAGGAGGAGAGGGGUGGACAUUUCGGUGGUGGCGCGAGGGGAGGGAUUGAUGGCGGUGGAGAUGCGAGGAGGGGAGGGCUAAAGGAUGAUCAAAUAAUAUUCUUUGUUAGAUUUGAGUGAGCAAAAUAGAUGAUGUUAUUUAAUGAUCUGAACCAUUAAUUUUGAUGUAAUGUUAAAUAUGGUUCCAAUUUGUUUGAAGGAUUUCGUAAAUAUUAUAGGUGUGUGAGUUAUUUGGUUGGAUGUGUUUUGUAAAGUGUAAACUGGUGUAUUAUAUGAUGUUAUAAAUACUAAAUAUUGGGCUCCUAAG